AUGAGGGUGGACCUUCUGCCGGGCGGAUCAGAUCCACGCCUAUCCCAGACUCGAUCGAGUGUCGCGUCACCGUUGCAAAGCCAGCGGAACAUUACGAGGUAUCUUCACUGUGGCGUUUGCCGAACAAGCGCAGUGCCUUUCAAUAGAGCACGUCCCACGCCGCUUGAUGCUGCCACCAAGGACCUGGCUUGUCCGAACGUUCCGCGCUUGUUCCGCGAACGACGAUCCUGUCACGACUCUUGCGGUCACUCGGCCGCAGGUGACAAAGACAAGACAAAGCAAGACGCGUCGUCGUCACGGCAGCGCUUUAUUCAAAUGAUCCGAUACUGA